UCGUUCAUUUCUCAGUUAGCUUCUCGACGAUCUAUUUUGUUUCCGCAUGUGAAACAACAUCGUGAUCUACAAUAAGAAAUUCAUUCUUAAGAUCCUUCGAAGAUGUCACCUAACAGUACGAUAAACGCCGUAGAUAUGAGCGAGAAAAAGAGCGUAGACGAUCGUAAUCAUUCAUGUGUACAAAGUAGCAAAUCGCCAGCCGAUUUCGAGACCGCCGUCUCCGCGACCGGAUAUGGCAAAUUUCAUGUUUUAUUAUAUCUAGCUUUAAUACCAGCUUCUUGGGCAUCGAGUUUCGAUACCGGCAAUAUAUCUCUCAUUCUUCCUGCCGCCGAAUGCGAUUUGCAAUUGAAGCUUAUUCACAAGGGAAUUUUAAACGCCGUAGUUUAUAUCGGUAUGGUAUCGAGCGCAUUGAUAUGGGGAUAUCUCGCAGAUGUGAAAGGUAGAAAGUCGAUUUUAAUUUAUGGUUUUCUGGCCGAUGGAAUUUGUAACGUAUUGUCAGGAUUUUCUCAAAAUUUUGGCACUCUCCUCUUCUUUAAAUUUCUCAGUGGAUUGAUAAUCAGCGGCCCUUACGCCGGAACGAUGUCUUAUAUUGCUGAGUUUUAUGGUGCCAAAGUCAGAUCGAGAAUCACUCUUAUUAUCGGCUUCACUGUUACGACUGGAUGCGUUGUUAAUUCAGGUCUUGCUUGGUUGGUGGUACCACAAGAUUGGUCGAUCGAACUUUGGGACGGUUACUUCAAAUACAAUUCUUGGAGAAUAUUUUUAUCAUUGUGCGGUGUCCCGACGUUGUUCGGUGUCUUUCUCUUGUCAUUUUUCCCAGAGAGUCCGAAGUUUCUUAUGAGUCAAGGACGUAAGGAGGAAGCUUUGAAGGUUUUCCGACAAAUUUAUAGAAUCAACACUGGCAGACCAGAAAAAGAUUAUCCCAUAAACGAAUUGGCCGACGAGUUCGAAGUAAAAAAUUCUACGGAGAAUUCUACGGGAGAUACGAUCGUUACGCAUAAGAAAUCAUUCAAAAGUGGUUUACUUCAAAUGAAACCUAUUUUCUUUAGACCACAUAUAUUCCGAUUGAGUUUGAUCCUGACUUUACAAUUUUGCAGCAUGCUCGCUCUCAACACGAUUCGAUUAUGGCAGCCGCAACUUUUCGCGAUAUUGCAGGACUUCAAUCCGAUCGAUUUCAAUAUCACCGAUCACGACCCAGCAUUUUGUGAGAUAUUGGACGCUGUCACUUAUCAAUCCGCACAAUCCCUACAAAAUAUGGAUUUAAGUGGCGAUAUUAUCGAAGUGGUCAAUUGUUCGAAAAUCGUGAUAUCCGAAAACAUGUAUAUAGAUUCGACGAUAGUUUCCAUCGCAGCGAUAGUUUUCCUCUUCAUUGCAAGCAUGUUCGUGACUUUGUUGGGUCACAAAAAUCUUUUAUACAUUUGUUACACGGUGUGCAUCUCAUCAUUGGUAUCAAUGACUUGGUCAACGAGUUACAUGUUGACAUUGGUAUUGACCUGCCUCUUCGUCGGUAUAAUGAUGACAACAUUGAACAUUGUAAUAGGGGCCACUGUGCUUUUAUUCCCAACUUCAUUAAGAACCAUGGCAGUGAGUUUGGUAAUGAUGACAGGAAGAUCUGGAUCUCUGAUCGGCAAUGUCGUGUUUCCGGUGUUGCUCGAGUACGGAUGCAUAGCUCCGAUCAUGACGAUAGCUUGCUUUCCCCUACUUGGUAUCAUAUUAGCAUUUUUCAUACCGAACAAUAAGAAUAAAAGCGACAAGAACGUCGAGUCCGGAUCGUAAGUUGCGACGAUUGGGA